GUUUACAAUUAGAGAAAUUCACAUUCUCACAUGUUUAAUAUUUUUAUUGUUAAAAAAAUUAUUUUAAGAUGAUUGACAAACCUAAAACUUGUAUUGAGGACCUUUUCAAAAAUCCAAGCAAUGGACAAUACUUGAAAGUCGUUGCUCCAAUGGUGCGAUAUUCUCGAUUGGAAUUUAGAUCUCUUGUAAGAAGAUAUGAUGCUGAUUUAACUUUCUCACCGAUGACUAUUGCUAACUCUUUCUGCAGAAGUGAACGAUGUCGACAGCACGAAUUUACAACGAACAUUGAAGACACGCCAAUGAUUGUACAGUUUGCAGCGAAUUGCUCAACAGAUUUUCUUCAUGCAACUGAAAUGAUUGUUCGUUAUGCAGAUGGUGUUGAUUUAAAUUGUGGUUGCCCACAAUCCUGGGCAAUGCAAGAUGGAUAUGGAUCAUAUUUAUUAAGGAAACCUGAAAUUAUUGAAGAUAUGAUUAAAACCGUUCGUCGAAAUAUUCCAAGCUCGUUUUCCGUUUCAAUUAAAAUUCGAUUAUUGAACAAAGACUUGUCAUCAACUAUUGAUUUUUGCCGAAAACUUGAAACAUUAAAUCCAACGUUUAUAACAAUUCAUGGUCGAACGCCAAAUGAGAAAUCUUCAGCAGAAUUUCCCGUCGAUAUCGAUGCACUUGCUGAAAUCAAAAAAUCAAUUAAACUUCCAAUAAUAUUCAACGGUGAUGUUUCUUCAAUUACCGAAGCCGAUAAAUUUUACAACGCUACAAAAUGUGAUGGAAUGAUGAGCGCAAGAGCUGUUCUGGCAAAUCCAGCUCUUUUCGCUGGUCAUCAACAAACUCCUUUGUCUUGUGUACAAGAUUGGAUUAAUAUUCACAAUCGACAAGGCGAUAAAAUGACUUUCCAAAAUUUUCAUCAUCAUUUGGUGUUUAUGAUGGAAAAUCUUUUAACUAAACUCGAGAGAAAUAAGUUUAAUGAAUUCACAAAGAAGCAUCAAUGUCUAGAAUUUCUAGCAGAAAAAUUUUCCAUCACACCUCAGCCAAUCGAUUAUCCUAACAACUUUUCUUGUACUUACGACGACACAAACUACAAGAAUUUAGUAAAUCAGAAAGAUUUCUGGACCAGCAAUUACUCAACUGAGUCAUCGCACGGGAAAUUCUUUCUCAAUAAACUAAACAAAGUUCGACAAGAUCCAGACGUUGAUUAUUUGGAAUUUAUGGACAAUAAAUUAUUCAGUUAAUCUUACUCCAAUUAUUUAUUUAAAUAAAUUUUCAUUUCCAACAAUAACCAACAAACAAACAAAUUAAAAAUGUCUUUAUAACUAUUAAAUUGAAGUGUUGAAAGAGUUUGAUCAGUUUAAUUUGAACAUUACACGAAUCAAACUGAUCCAACAUCUUUGCAACUUACUAACAUGUCUUUUUUUCUCAAGCUAAACUAACUUUCUUCGGUGUUUCUGUU